UUCAUAAUAUCUUUCUUGCAUAAAUCUCCUCUUAUUAGAGAGACAUUGGUCUUAUAUCUACGCAUCACUUUCUGGUCCAAUUAUCGUUUCCCUAUGAACCCAUUUCUUCUUCUCUAAGAAACUUCUUCCUUCUUCCCCAAACUUACUCUCUCUACUAUCUCUAUAAAUCUCUCUGUUUCUCUUCAUUAUCUUUUGGUUAAUGUAUUCUUAAUCCCAAAAGUACUAAUUCUCUUUGUGUCCUGCUUCUAGUUAUGGAUGAUGAAGAGAGUAACAUCGUAGAAAGAUAUGACGACGUCGUUUUGCCAGGGUUUAGGUUUCAUCCCACUGAUGAAGAACUCGUAAGUUUCUACUUGAAAAGGAAGGUUUUACACAAAUCUCUUCCCUUUGAGCUCAUCAAGAAAGUCGACAUUUACAAAUACGAUCCAUGGGACCUCCCAAAGCUUGCGGCGAUGGGGGAGAAAGAGUGGUACUUUUACUGUCCAAGAGACAGGAAAUACCGGAACAGCACGAGGCCUAACCGAGUAACCGGAGGUGGAUUCUGGAAAGCUACCGGGACUGACCGGCCUAUAUACUCAUUGGACUCUACUCGAUGCAUCGGUUUGAAGAAGUCGCUAGUGUUCUACCGUGGUCGAGCUGCUAAAGGAGUCAAAACCGAUUGGAUGAUGCACGAAUUUCGGCUCCCUUCUCUCUCUGACUCUCAUCACUCAACAUAUCCCAAUUACAAUAACAAGAAGCAACACCUUAACAAUAACAACAACAGCAAAGAGCUUCCUUCAAACGAUGCUUGGGCGAUAUGUAGAAUAUUCAAGAAGACGAAUGCGGUAUCGUCACAAAGAUCAAUCCCACAAUCUUGGGUUUAUCCAACGAUUCCUGACACCAACCAAUACAACUCACACUCACACAACAACACCGCGACUCUCUUAGCUUCAUCAGACGGUCUCAGCCACAUAUCAACAAGACAAAACCUUAUCCCUUCUCCGGUCAACGAACCCACAAGCUUCACAGAAUCAGCUGCUGCUUAUUUCGCGUCUCAAAUGCUCGGAGUCCCGUACAACACAACUAGAAACAGCGGAACAGGGGAUGCUCUGUUUUUGAGCAACAAUGAGAAUAACUACUUUAACAACUUGACCGGAGCGUUGACUCAUGAGCUUCCGAAUGUAAGAGCAAUGGUGAUGGAGGAGACGAUGGUGAGUGAGAUGUCGGCGACGUCUUAUUCCACUAACAAUUAAAGAUAAUAGCAGUAUUAACACUUGAAUUAGUGUAGACCAUGGCUAAUAUGUAUUAAUUUUUAUUGUCUUUAUAUAAACGUUGCUUCUCUUUUGGUUUCUUGAAGACCGAAAAGAAAAAAGAAAAAACAAAGACUUGCUUCGGAACAUGCAACUUGUACUUAAUUUGUAAUAGAUAAUUGUAAUGGCUUUUUAUAUUUAUCAAGGGUCAAGAUGAUCAAGUUGGUUCAAAGUUCAAA